AUGUUCAUUUUCAAUUAUAUACCUUGGUUUAUCUUCUUGACCAUCAAAUAUGUUCUUGCAGACAAUUCAAGUGAAUAUCCCACUGUAACAAGUCAGAUAACUGAACUCAUCACAGUUACUGCAUGUGGUGGUGAUAUUCCAGUUACAACAGCUCCAACUGCAACCCUGACCGCAGCUGGUGGAAUCUUCAAGAGAGGAAAACCAAGAACAGCAGCUAUCUUCAAGAGGGGUGCAACCGCUUCAACCAUCAUCCAAACUGUGACGAGCUUUACCACCAUCUGCCCUACCGUUACCAGUACAACCACGAAAGUAGUCACAAUCACUACCUGUGGUGGCGAUAUUCCGGCUACAACUGCACCAACUACAACCCUGACUGCUGUGGGUGGAAUCUUCAAGAGAGGAAAACCAAGAACACCCGCUAUCUUCAAGAGGGGUGCAACCGCAUCAACCGUCAUCCAAACUGUUACGAGCUUUACCACCAUCUGCCCUACUGUUACCAGUACAACCACGAAAGUAGUCACAAUCACUACCUGUGGUGGCGAUAUUCCGGCUACAACUGCACCAACUACAACCCUGACUGCUGUGGGUGGAAUCUUCAAGAGAGGAAAACCAAGAACACCCGCUAUCUUCAAGAGGGGUGCAACCGCAUCAACCGUCAUCCAAACUGUUACGAGCUUUACCACCAUCUGCCCUACUGUUACCAGUACAACCACGAAAGUAGUCACAAUCACUACCUGUGGUGGCGAUAUUCCGGCUACAACUGCACCCAUUACAACCCUGACUGCAGGUGGUGGAAUCUUCAAAAGGGGUUUAACUGCAUCAACAGUGGUCCAGACUGUGACAAGUUUCACCACAUACUGCCCACCUAAUACAAGUCCAUCCUCAAUAAGCAGUAAUACUGGAGAUAUAUCAACCACUUCCGCUGUUCUGACCAGUACACUUUCCACUGAUUCUACUACCAGUUCCGUUCCAUCAACUGACAGCAGUGAAGUCUCAAGCGUUGAAUCUACAACCACUACUUCAGUUUCGACUAGCGAAGUCUCCACUGCUUCCACUACCAGUUCGGUUCCAUUUUCUUACAGCAGUGAAGUCUCAAGCAUUGAGUCUACAACAACUUCUUCAGUUUCGAGUAGCGAAGCGUCCACUGCUUCCAGUACUACUUCGGUUUCAUCUUCUUACAACAGUGACGUCUCAAGCAUCGAGUCUACAACCACUUCUUCAGUUUUGAGUAGCGAAGCGUCCACUGCUUCCAGUACUACUUCGGUUCCAUCUUCUUACAGCAGUGAAGUCUCAAGCGUUGAAUCUACAACCACUUCUUCAGUUUUGAGUAGCGAAGUGUACACUGCUUCCAGUACUACUUCUGUUACAUCUUCUUACAGCAGUGAAGUCUCAUCUACAACCACUUCUUCAGUUUUGAGUAGCGAAGUGUCCACUGCUUCCAGUACUACUUCGGUUCCAUCUUCUUACAACAGUGAAGUAUCAAGCAUCGAGUCUACAACCACUUCUUCAGUUUUGAGUAGCGAAGUGUCUACUGCUUCCAGUACUAGUUCGGUUUCAUCUCCCCACAGCAGUGAGGUCUCCAGCAUCGAGUCUACCACCACUUCUUCGGUUGUGUCCAAUGAACUGUCGACGGUCUCUACUACCGAUUAUGUUGCUUCGAUGACUUGGUCGUACUUUAGUAGUCAAAUGUCAACUGUUUAUACUACCAGUUCUGUUCCAUUUACCGAUAUCAGUCAAGGCUCAAGUGGGUCUACUACCACUCCCUCAGUAACUACCAGCGGCUAUCUUCACAUCACGAGUAACCAUGACUCUACCAAUGUACCUAAUACAAUGUCGUCGAUUUCCAGUAACCAAUUAUCCACUACAAAAUCAACUGGUUCUGUGACAGUUAGCAAACAAACUGAGGAGUCUCUUACCACUUAUCCAAGUAAUAUCAUAUCUACUCAAUCCACAAGAACCUCGAGUCAUACACGAAUUAACUCAACACCAGAUUCUUCUUUUGUAUCUGCAACCAGCAUUCCUACAUUUAAUUCACAUACCGUCCACACGAGCGUACCAAUCACCAAGGUAACUACAACAACUUGCAUCUCUGAAACAUGCAUCACUAGUGCAUAUGUAACGGGUAUAAAGAUUACAACGGUUGUAGAAAGUGAUAAUACCACUAUCUUCACCACCUAUUGUCCAAUCCCAAGUUCGGAAGUGACCUCAGAAGAAGUAGUACCUACCAAAUCUGAGGAUGAAUCCCUUCUUACAUCAUCUAAAGAAGAACACACAACUAUGACAAUUAUUCCUGGCUCCACUGUUUCUACUGAAGCAUCCACCACUACAAUGGUCACCUCAGUUAUUGUUUCACCUUUAUCUAUGGAGACAGGCACACCAAUCAAUCCAACAUUUGAAAUAAUUUCAACUGGUACUAGCGUAAUUACCCGAACCAUAAAACCAUCAUUAUCAAUAUCAUCAUCGUCAUCGUCAUUCAGUCAAUCUUUAUCAACUGGUUCUGUUCCGGAUAUUGUAUCAGAUAAUUCUGCAUCCAAUACCCUGACAAAGCCAACUUUCUUCAUAGUUUUUUUCCUUUCGUGCAUAUAUUUCCUUUAG